AUGGUCGCCCACUCUAGCUUUGCCUACCGAAACACGACCGAGAGCCGCAGGAGCUGCGUCACAUGCACCUCGCCGCUUGCUGCAUGCUCCUGCAGCUCAUCCGAGGAAUGCGUUCUCAUAGACUUGAGCUGUGAUGCGUGCCCUCAUUACGAAUGUAUCUCUCAACAGAGCUCGAGCUCCGGCUCAAGUGGGAUCAGUUCGGGCGCACUUGCUGGCGCUGUGAUUGCCUGCGUCGUCUUUCUUGCCCUGGUGCUUGGCGCCUUCUGGUUCUAUCGCAGGCGCUUACGGCAGCGGCGCCUGGCGGGUGCAGCAGUGGAGGACAAAGUCGAUGCUCCGGCUCGCGCAGAGGACGUGCUCAACCGGCCGGACCCCAACGAAAAGGGAGAGUCCGAGCAGAGCACGGUCAGGUUCUAUACAGGCGCCACUGGUGGAACGAUCAACCUUGAUCCCGAGUCGCAAGCAGGCUCCACGACGCAUGCAACGGACGGACAUUCUCGCAGCGAGUCAAGCACGGAGAACCCCUUCGGAGACAACCAUUCCAUCCAGACGACGUCCACCGGCACGCAGUCGAACGUCAUUCCGAUCGCAUUCGUGCCCCCCGCCUCGUUCACCGAUUCGCAUCACUCCGGAGCUUCCUCGGGUCCUGUCCGUCCUUCGCGUGCUCCAGAUCUUGAUCUCGGCAUGGAGCAGUCGCGCGACGCGCUGGCGGGCAAGUCGGGCGACGGACAGUCACAGCUGUCGGGUGUUUCUGGCAUCAACAACCGCGCAUCGUACUUGACCACGGGCAGUUUUGGCAGCGAUUUCCUGAACGAAGCUCCUGUCAUCGUCACCCCGACGCGCGGUGUAGUGAAACAGCACGUUGUGGGCCUUGUCAAGCCCGAAAUGAUUCGCACCUCACCUCAAAGCUCUCCCAAGUCGGGCAAUACUCAUCUUCGUGCGCAGUCAGGUUCGACCCGUCCUCCUGUACGUUCCCCUUUGGCUGCUGCAAGCUUCGGCCCCUCGGACGUUGUGGCUGAGAUUCCUGAGGACGACCAUGAUGCCGUCGCACGCUCGGAUCCGUUCGGUGAUGAGCAUUCGCUCCUCAAUAGGGAUGGCUCACAGAGGUCGCCCGCACCGUCCACGUCCACGUUCGGCACUCCUGAUGCAACUAAACUCCAGCAUUCUCGCUCGACGUCUGCACAAAACUCUAAUGAGCCGGACGUACCGAGUGCUGGCAAUCGUCCGCUGAGCACAUAUACGCAAGCAGCCUCCAUCGUAGGGUCUGUCAUUGGCGCCGAGAUCAGCAGUGGAACUCGUGUGCACCUCGGGCUAGACCAAUUUAGCACUCCCGCCACCGCUUCCAGCGGUGUCCUCAACACGCCGAGGACCCCGUACAGGAUGACGAGCGCCAAGUUCUUGAACACGCCUCCGUCUGGGAAUAGUGCACUGGAGCAGGAGCAGCAGCGUGCGAUGCAGGACAUAGACCAGUUCCAGGGGAGUCGGAUGUCGCUUGCGUCUGUCGUCUCGACAUCGACGCGUGCCGACUCGAUACUCGAGAGCUUCCCAUUCGUGCCACCAUCUCCCAUUUCGAAUCGCCCUAUCCGCUCUCCGCCCCGUUCCCCACUUGCGCAGCAGUCCACCGCCGGUAACAAAUUUGCCCAAGUGCAGCGGUCGCCGGUUCGGGAGGCGCCUUCGCGCGAGAGCGCCCGUGAGGCUCCUGUCUCCCCGCUGCCACCGCCCCCAAGGCCGAUGAACCGCAAGGCGCUUGGGAUCUCCAUGGCAUCUCAAUCGUCGACCGCAUCGAACGGACUGAGCUCGUUCCCAUUCCAAAUUGAUACUGGGAUCUCAGAGGACGCGUCAAGUAAUCCGGCUCCGUCGUCCUUCCCGGGCCGGCAACGGGCAAGCUUGGACACGCUUGCGCUGACGAGUGACCUGUCGUCAUAUCCGCUCAACUUUGAGAGGAACAUGCCUCCGCCGCCGCCUCGCCCAUGA